UUGCCUCUUUUAUUUUUGGCUUACACACUAUUCUUGGUUAUGUGAUUCGGUUGCAUUUUGUCUAAAUUGAAUUACUGAAUAAAAUGCUUCGUUCUUUAAUUGGAAAUGCAAUUAAAGGAGUAUCAUAUGCUUCUGUAUUGCGGAUACCGAUUGCAGCACCAGUACAAAAGUGUUCAUUUUCCAUGUUGCAAGUUUACAACGGCAGCAAGUGUUAUCCACAAAUUACACCCAUAGAAGCUAAAUCAGAUUUGCUGAAACAAUCUUUCGACUUGCAAACACCACAGUCACGUAAUGUAACAAAGUUCUCUCUUAAUAAGGGCAAAAGAAAGUCUGUUAGAGCUGUUGUGAAACGAUUUAGACGUCUUGAUUGGGGUGCCUGGAUUCGCACUUAUACUGGACGUCAGAAGAAACUAUUUUCAAAAUCAUCCAAUUGUAAACGCCGCCUUCGUCAGCACGUGUUCACCAACUCAGCGCAAAGUUGGCUACUCGAUAGUAUGGUAACAAGUUUUUGGCGACGUCCUAAAAAUUGGGUCGAUGAUAUUUAUGCUCCGUAUCAUAAGCGAGAUGAAUUCUUUGCUACUAAAAGUAAAUCAUUUAAAGUAUAGGGCUUAAUGUAUAUUGAUAAAUAAAUAAAUUGUUUUCAAUCA